AAGGUGACCAAUCACCUGCUAGCUUUCAGUUGCUCGGAGCAACGAAAAAUGGCAGAUGCAGUAGAAGCAGAACCUCCAGCACAAGUAUUUUUGUUGCCAUGUGCAGUAUGUGGACGAACAUUCCGUCCAGAAUCACUACAAAAACACUCAAAAGUUUGUGAACGCAAUGCCACAAAGAAACGAAAAAUUUUUGACUCUUCAAAGCAGCGUAUUCAGGGCACUGAAUUGGCAGAGUUCUUGCCAGCACUACACAUGCAGCAAGCUAAAAAAAUAGAAAAAUGCAGAACAGCAGCACGGCAGAAGUCACAAUGGAAGGAAAAGCAUCUUGAAUUUAUGCAUGCCAUACGUGCAGCGCGCCAAGUUGAGAAACCUCUUUCACCAAGAGCCAGCGCUGUACUUACAAGGCCGCCUGAAAGUGAAAGAUGUCCGCACUGUGACAGACAAUUUGGUCCAAAAGCUUUCGAUCGACAUAUUGAGUGGUGUCGUGAGCAGAAGGCCCGUGUGCCAAAGUCACCAGCAAGUAUUAAGGCAAAGGAGAGACUAGAAGCAAGGCUAAAGUACCGAGCACCAGUAAUUCGCAGAAUAUCCAUCCGAGAAAAAUAUUCUCCACAGGCACAACGUAAAGUGUCUAAUACUUCAGUACAUAACUCUACAGAUGUAAUACAGUCUAAGAGUCAGGCUCCUAGCACAAUGCCAUCAAAUACAGGUCAGCAGGAUACAUUAGUUACGAGACAGAAAUCACCGUCCAAUAACACUCAGUGCAAUAGAAGUAAUAUUAACAGUACCAGGAGCAAAUCAAGUGCAAAGAAAAUAUCACAGCAAUCUGAGCCAGAUGUGAAGAAAUCUCCCAACACUGGUGUUAAAAGUGCCAUCAGUGAAAGAAAACAAAUUUCGUCACAGACAAACAAAACUAAAGCAAAGAAGGAGGAGAAAACAAUAAUUAAUAACCAACAUGGAAUUUCCAGAGGGAAACGGCCAGCAACAUUAGAUAACAAGCCAGCAGAAAAUUCAAAAUCUGCUCCACAGCCAAAUAAGACUGAAAAUGAUAAUGCACAUUCCCACAGGAAACGUCCACCAAUGAUUAUAAAAGGACAGUUCCUGGAAAAAGCACCUAACUUCAUGUUGAUUAUAAAUGGUGCAUUCACUGAAGAAGUCUACAAUCCAUUUGUGUCUGCAGAACGCCAGAUGAUGGAACUUCUAGCAGAUGAUGGACCAGUGACUCCAAAAGUAACAUCGCGAGUAGAAGUUCAUUCAGCGCCACCUUAUCCUAAGCAAAAUCCUACAUCCUUGCCCACAAAUAAUGCUCGUGCAGGACUGCAUUCGGCACCUGUUGCUCAUAAAACAGUAGAAAGUAAUAAUUUUACACCUACUAGCUCUUCUGGACCUUCUGAAAGUUCCCUCCUUAAUUCGAGUACAGAAGAUGUUAAUUCCUCAGUGACACCACCGAUGGGUAUUGACUGCACAUAUGAUACAUUACAGUCACCACCUGUUUGGUCAGGUUCUCUUCAAGAACUAGAUGACAUGCUGAACCAUGGUAUUAUUCCAUAUGAUAUUGCUGAAAGUUUAUAUGCUGGGUCUGAUGAAAGAGGGUCCUCUCUUAGUUUAUGUAGUCUGCAAUUCCUUGAUCAUAUGUCUAGUCAGGAAAGCAGUUCAACAAGAAAAAUUUCAAAAAUACGUGCGAAGAUGGAGGAAGCAUCUUUGCAGUUACAGAAAUCAGUGGCAUUACAUGACAGCUCUACAGAGUUAACAGAGGAACCUAAUGAUAGAUUUAAAGGAUUUUCUGUUAAUGAUAACCUGCCUUCUUCUUUUCCCCAAACAUCCUUCUUCCUUUCCAGACCUGAUCACAACAUCAGCACUGACACUGUCUCAUUGUCUGGCUCAGACGGCCACGUAUCAAGGAAACUGUAUGGUGAGCUAGACUGCAAGAGUGAAUCUGGUGAGAAGGAGAAAGCAGAUGAAGUUAUUCACCAUAAUUCACAAAUAAUGAAAAUGAAUCUUGAAGAUGAUAUAUAUUGCAAGGAGAAUGUAACCAGUAAGCAGUAUUCAGCUACUGGAAAACAUAGUGUUGACUCUGCAUACAGUAGUCUUAACCGUCAGUCGCCCAAGCAGUAUGCACAAGAACAAGAACAUUGCAAUGCCAUAAGUUCCAGUGGGUCAGAAUCUUCUUUACCAACACUAUGCAAGGAAGAGGUAACCAGGCCAGGCACUGGUGACACAGUGAUUCUGUCUCAAAAUCAUGAUCGCAAAAAAGGACAUCAACAAGGAGCAGUAAUAUCCCACCUGCCCAAAUUUUGUCAUGAGUGUGGAGCUCAGUAUCCUGUGAGCGUAGCAAAGUUUUGCUGUGAAUGUGGUGUUCGAAGACUUUUAAUAUGAAUCAGUGCAUUCAGUAUUGUAUUGUAUAAGGUGCCUUAACCUUUGUGAUGAUUGUGCUGUAAAAGGCACUAAUUAACCAAAAUUGUGUGCUAGUCCUAAUUGACUUAUGUGACUGGAAUGUAAUAUGUACAAUUCUAAUAUUUAUAGCAGAAUCUCCCUAAUAUGGUGGCAGUUACUUAUUUGUAAGAAUAAUUAUGUGAACCAUUGUAUGAGACCUUUGUAAUUUGAUUGUUCAAAAUGUCUAUUUAUAUGGUGUUACGCAUAGAUUUUUUCUGAGUUCAAAAGAAAUUAAGUAGGUGGUCCCGUGGAAAAUGAUAUAUUUGAUCAGUUCUUCUAUAUGCAUGUGAGAACAUUAAUUGAUUUGCUACAUAUUAAAGUCAUUACUAUCUACCAGCAAAUGAAAUAUUUAUGUUAUCAUUGGGCAUAACAGAAAGGAAGAUACGCAAGGGACCAUUCCAGAAUAAAAAGACAGUUGAACACUGAGGGACCAGAGUUUUGAAAGGUGCUAACAUAUUUUUAGUGUCUGUUACUUAUACAUGUAUAUAUGUAUUGAUAAUACUCAUAUUUUUAGAAGUGUAUUUGAUAUUCAGUCCAUAUAAUUUCUAUGUGAAAUGUAAUGCUUUAACAGAUUUUGCUGUUAUUUUAGUUUUGUAUUAAGUUUGUCUUGUGGGCCCUUUCAGUUUUCAUCAGAUUUGUGCUAUAAACCAGAUUAAUGUAUCUAUAAUUUCAAAUUUCUGUAGUUGAAGUUCUUUCAACAGGGUAAGACUAUCAGCUAGUUUUUUGACAAAAAUCAAUUCUUCAUUGAACAAGCAGAAUCAAGGAAAAUUCAAACUGAACUUCUAAUUGACAGUCAGUUUAUAAUAUAAUCAACUGGAGAAUGAAACAAGGGUAAUUGUGCCCUUAUGGAAGGAACCGUACAAGCAUACUCGUGAUGAGAUUUUUGGAAAAUAUUGAAAACUAAGUUGGAUGUGUAGGAAUUGGAUCCCUGCUUCUCCAUAAUACAUGUCAUAUUCCUUAAGUCCACUGCAGUAUCUCUCUUCAUGGAUAGAGAAAGUGAGCCAAUGUAACUGAUCGCCUAAAACUAUUAAAGUGCUUCAGAUAUAGAAAUGCGUUAUGAUAAUAGUUGUUUGAAGCCACUUCAUCAAAUAUGCAACUAACUGACUACUAUUAGAUAAUGUAGCCACUUUGUAAAUAAUUUGACAAAUUGGUUAUAAAAUUUGAUUUUAUAGGGCUAGCUUAAAUUUUUUACUUCUGCAAUAUAUUUGACCAGGAAUAAUAUUUUAUCUCAUUUAACUAUGACUAUCCAUUGGCCAUUUCUCAAAAAGCAAAGUUUGUGUUGUGUUCAAUUGUAUGUUACAAAGUGUUAUAACAAUUUCACCAUAGUUUUCUCAUGACACUGUAACAAAACAGAAAGUAAGUUCCCUUGAUUAUAUAAUUUCUUAUUUGUUAUGGUCCUUGUUCUGGAACAUUUGUGUUAAGAAUUCUUUUUGCCAUCACAUGUUCAUUCCAUUCAGUUCUGUUUCCUUACUAUGAAGAUGAUGUCUUUUACUUUGCUCUUCUGGAUGUGAAAUGUAAAUAGUGAACAUUUACACUUUCAUUUUACAUCGCUGUUUCAGUAAUGAUAAUGCAUUCGCCAUUUCACUGCUGUUUAUUUUUCGGGAUACACUACUGCAGUUUCAGAUUUUUAACGAAUUCCCAGUGGUUCAUUACUGUUGUUAUAAAAGUAACUACAUUACAUGACAUAGUACAUGUCAAGAAUAUAGGUUUCAUUAUUUUACCAUAGAGAUUUUGUAAUUUUAAUCCAAUUGUUCUGGUAUGUGAGAGUUUGAAGUGAAAAUGUCAUGUUGGUUGUCAACAUUUUUACACAAGGACUAUGACUCCUAAUAAUAAGGAAGUCAGUGAAUAAUUUACUUUUAUUUUUUUAAUCACAUUUUUCGAUUCUAAAGCUUUUGUAAAAGAUCUGAAUGAGGCUUAUGUCCUUCUUUCAUUUAUCGUUUUCUGAAAUGUUUAUUUAUAUAUUUUAUAAGCAACAUGUUUGUGAAGAUGGAAUCAGUAACUUUUUUAAAAAUCAAGAAGUUCUUAUGAAAAAUAUUUGUAAUGCUCUGCAUAAAACAGCUCCUUCUCUCUGCCUUUUUUUUCCAUUUGUCCACCUCAAUAGGUGAGCAGUCAGCAGGGCCGAAUGCCGUGUGAGGCCGAGGUUUGAUUUCCAGCAGGGUCGGAGAUUUUGUUUGCUCGGGGCUGGAUGUUGUGUUGUCUUCAUUUUCAUAUCAUCCUCACUGACAUGCAAGGCACCAAAAUGAUGUCAACUAAAAAGCCUUGCACCAGGUGGCCAGUCUACCUGACGUGAGGCCAUCCCCAUACAAUAUUUCAUUUUUCUUCCGUUUGCAUAGAAAGCAAAGUUUGUUUUUGUUUCCAGCAGAGUAUGCUUAUAAUUUGAAGUCGUCAAAUACAGACAUUUUAUGCUGCUCAUACUGAUAUAUUGCUAUCACCCAGCUCUUGUUUUUGUGAUUUUUGAAUGCGCUGCAGGAAGAGCUUCUUGAUAGAGUCCACUGCAUGGCAGUAUUCACUUUGAGAAUCUCUUUUAGUUAGUUAAUAAAAAAUGUCUAAGUUUUCUACCUCUUACUGUGGCAAUGAAAAACUGUUCUUCUUACACAUUCACUGAAAAUCCACUCUUGGAGAAUAAAUCUCAUAAUUCCAAACCCAAUAAUCAGUAUUAAUUUUUGAGCUGUUCAGAGUUCCAGAAUGACUUUUAUACAGUUGAUGAGCAGCACUAUACCACUGUUUUAGGAAACAUAAUGUGCAUUACUGCAUCUUGGAAUUUACACCUCAACACUUCAAACUGUGUUCUGUAUCAUCUCUGGCUACUUUACAUAGAGUUAUUAUUUUCAGCCAGUCUCUUUGGCAUACAAUGUAUAGUAAUUUAUACUGAUACUGUUAUGUAAUUUCUGUUUCAGGUGAUUGUUGUUAUUUGCUCAUUACUUCUUCCUGCAUUUAGUUAGUUCAUAUUUAAUAAAUCUCCUUUAGCCAACUUAUAGAUAAUGUUUGCGAAUAAUGCAUGAAUAUUCUGUCCUUAAAAAUAACAAUGCUGUAGCGUUGCUACCUCACAAAUAACAGUUGAGGAGAACAAUUUUUAAAUCAAUAGAAGAUCAUUAACUUGUUUAUUUUAUAGCCAUUGACCAAGGAUCCAUUCAACAAAACUAAGACAAAUAGCCAUACUUCUCUGUGUAAUACUCAGAAUUUGUUACUGGUUACUAAAUUUUAUUGCUUUCAUGUCUGUUAUCAAAUAAGUCCGCAAAUUCUUUUGGCAAAGUUAGAAUUCAUUUGAGAUAAUUUACUUGAGUUCACAGUACUUUUAUGACACAAAAUCUUGUUCAUAUCUGUAGAUAUAAUUCGUUACCAAGUAUGUUAUGCUUUCCAUAUAAUUACUGCAAUGAUGUUUAUUUCCACCAGAAGAAAAAGUGUAAGCCAGUCAUAGCCAUGUGAAAUCAUCUGUUUUGUAUUCACCAUCAGUCUUACUACUAGUUUUCACUUUCAAAUCAACAUUAUCAUCUUUUUUCUCUUAGAAAAAGAAAAAUAGAACUGUAACUGCUUGUUCCUUAGGUAGUAUAACACCAUGUCCACAAACAUAGAAGGAUGCACAAGAAUUGUCUACAUUUUCAUUUGCAAACAUUGCAAAAUUACCGCUAGAAUGAAAUAAUCACAAAAACUGUAAGAACAGUUGUGAAAAAUAGAUUAGCUGGAUAUACAUAAGAGUUCCAGUAUUAUAUACAGAGUUAUAAACAGAGUUUAAAGCUUAUUGGUCUAUACUCCCAAAACAUUUACAUCCUCUCAGUAUAUAUUAUCAUAUCUGUGGUAAAUAUUUCAGUGAAAUUCAUAAUAAUUUAAGAGUAACAGUAACAAGGCAGAAUAAUGGUUUUGGAUGCACUUAAAAGCCAUGCACUUAAUCAUUGCAGUGUGCACUACAUUUCAAUGUGAGAAAUUUCAUUUAAUAAUUGCUGAGUCAAGUUUUAAUAAUUGCUGAGUCAAGUCAUAUUCCUCCUUGCACAUAAUACAUGUUGCUCCAGUUUCAUAAAUCUCUUGAUCUUAUUAGGUCCAUAUCAUUAUUAAAAAAAUUUGCAAAGGCCACUGCUGAUAUCUUAAUAAGAGAAAUGAAUUCCUAUCCAGGACAUUCAUGAUUACAGAUAUUUUUCUGUUUAAAUUUUUCUCAUAACUUUCUAAGUAUUGGAUUUACAACUUUGUUUCCACCAUUUUUUUCUCAAAGUUCAGGGGUUCAUUAUUAAAAAUGUACAAAAAAUUGUGAUCCAAAGUUUUGGCCAUCACUGGCCACUGCUGUGUCCCCUGUUUUGGUCAGCAUCAAAUCUCACGGCAGAAGAAGUGUGUGUCUUUUGAGGAGAUCCAUGAUUUGAUUCAGUUUUGCACUUGUUCAUACAACCAGAAGUGCCGUCAGCCAGGCUAUAUGCCAUUAAUUGCAAAAGGUGGUACUCAGAGGGAGCAGUGUCUGCAGAAUGUGGCGGGUGAAGUUGGACUUCCUAUCUCAACGUUUCAAAGUAUGUUCUGAUGGGUUUUGUGACAUAGUGUCAAGCACUAUCAUGCUGCAAAAUCACCUUUUCAUGUCUAUUGCUGUAUUGUGGCUAUUUAUCUUACUGUGCUCAGCUCAAACACAUCAGUUGCUUUUGAUAACGAUCUCCUGUUAUUGUUUCUGUCCAUUUCAGUAGCUUCAAAAACCUUCACUCUUGCAUGGCCAUGUGGGUCUUUGGCACCAAAAUCACCAUUCUUGAAGGGUUGAAAGCAUUCUCUGCAUGUUCUUUCACUAAUAGGUGCUUCACCAUAAGUCUUACCCAGCAUUUUAUGAACUUCAGCCACAGACUUCUUCAUGUUAAAGCAGAAAAUUAAAACUUCUCAUGAAUGACGAGGACUGUACUCAUAAGUUGACAUAUUCAGUUGGGAAUAACUUUAUGAUGCAAUCACAAAUUGACCACUAUUUUGAUGAUGUUAUGUUUACAAAUGUCUUAGUUUCUUGCAUGGUGCUUAAGACAUACCAUCUGCACCACCACUUGCUGCUAUUGCCAUCUGUUGCAAAAUGGGGGAAGCAAAAUUGUAGAUUUAACACUAUAAAGAUGACUACUUUAGGGAAAAAACUAACUGUUCUGUUCCUGAACGAUACUUUCUGACCUUUAUUAUGGAUGAUGGCUUUGGCAUUUUAAUGAUUAGGCUUACAUUUAUUUUUACCUAACUUAACUUCCCCUGAAUAAGAAAAGGGUAUGUUUUCAUAACUGGUGAUUCUUCUUGUCAGCAGUGCACCCAUUUCAUCAAUUUUUUUUAUACUUAAUGUGGAAUGACUGGACAGGUGUGUAAUAUAGAGGCAGGAAAAAAAUCAUUCAGUUCAUACAGUGCUCCGUAAUUAGUUAGUUAGUUUUAGGGAAUCAGUGUGCAGAGCACAGAAACAUGUAACAGAAAACAGCAUUCACACUGCCUUUCCAGCUCUAGCUCUUUUUCUAGCAAAAGUACACACAUUAACACACAAGGACAGAAUAUUCUUCUCCAGCCCUAUUACAAUCCUACUCCCAAUCCUGCACCCCAUGGGUCAUACCCUUGUAGUCGGUCCAUGUGCAAGAUUUGUCCCACAGAGCUACCCCCACUACCUCCUACCGCAGCCCAGUCAUAGACAUUUCCUACCCAAUUAAAGGUAGUAUCACAUGUGAAAGCAGCCGUGUUAUAAAUCAACUAUGCUGCAAUUACUGUACACCAUUCUAUGUGGGCAUUACGAGUAACCAACCGUACCCUCUAAUGAAUGGCCGUCACCAGAUUGUGGCAAACUGCAAACUUGACUAUCCAGUUGCCAAGCAUGCUACACACCACAACACAAAUGACAUCAACCACUGCUUCAUUACAGGGGCCAUUUGGAUACUCCCUUCCAGCACAAGUUUCUGUGAACUAUGCACCUUACCUUUUCCCUUCUCUCUUCUGUCCACACCACUCCUCCAUGCAGAUUGUGCACUGCGUUCUCUCACCUCUCCCCCCCCCCCCCCCCCCCCCUUCCAUAUAUUCAUACUCUCUCUCUCUCUCUCUCUCUCUCUCUCUCUCUCUCUCUCUCUCUCUCUCUCUCACUCGCUCACUCACUCACUCACUCCCUCCCUCCCCCAUUCUCUCUCCUCACUUUACAACCCCUCUCACUCCUCUCUCCUCUCCCUUCUCCUUCUUCAUCUUCACCUUUCUCUCUUUUUCCCACCUCCAUAUUUUUCCCUCCCUUUCCUUCCCUGUCUAUUUUCCACAUCUCUUUUUGCUCUACCCUCUGUGCACUUCUCAUCAUGUUGUGUGGCCAUGGGGUCAUCUGUCCAAAGACCUGCAUGUUUCUCGCUACUCCGUCCUUGCAUCCUUCUGUACCCCGUUCCCAACUCAGGCAUCUGCUUUCAAUAAACAAACAUCAAUAAUCAGUCUUGCCGUGCCCAUAGGAAUGUAUGUUUGGGUGUCUAUGCAGUAGUGUGUGUGUGAAUAACAUUGUCAAAAGGUAUUAUCUUGUUAUUUAAUGCUUGUAAAAUUUGAUGAAUGAACAUGCAAAUGGCAUUCUCAGCUGAGCAACACUUCUGAAAUAGAAACUGUUAUUUACUGAGGAUAUUAUUGUUACUAAGGUGGAAUGUUGUUCUAAAAUACAUCAUCUCCUUGAAAAUUUUGAAAAAUAAUGACAAGUAGUGAAACAGGUUGGUAGUAGUUGAUACCCCUUCUUUUCACCUUACUUACCUUUAACAAUGGCAUAUUUCAAUCUCUCUGUAAAAAUGCUCUUAGUUAGUGCUGCAUCACAUAUUUCAGAGAAACAGUACUUAUGUGGGAACAAGUCUUUAGUACUCUGUAAGAAAAACCAUCAAAUCAAGAUGAGCCUUUAUUUUUUAGAGAAUAUAUCAUUUUCUUCAUUUCAAAGAGCAAAGUUGGUGGAACAUUCAUACAAUUGAAUUUUUAUGUGAUCGGUUUUUCAACAUAUUUCUUUGAAUCUUUUCUUGAACUGUUUGUCCAUAUAUUUUCUACUACAUGUAAGAAAUGAUUAUUAAACAUACCAGCUACUGGUGACAUCAUUUAUAGCCUUCCAUUUGAAUCAAUAGCAGGGUUAUCCUGUUCUGCAGCCCAUUAAUCCUGUCACUUGUUACAUCACAUUCGAAAUAGAUUUAACUCUGUUAACAGAAUUACUGAUGUUUGACAUAAUAUGCAAAUGUAAAGAAUUUUUUAUAAUUUUUCUUUGUAAUUUUGAGUAGUUUUUGUAAAGUGAAACUACUGGAGGAUACCAACACGUAAAUUUCCUUUUUCCUUUCAUAAGAUACUUAAAUCACUCUAGUGAUCCAUGGAUUCUGAGAUGUCAUUUCUGAUUAACUUAUGCAGAAAUCUAUCGUCAAAUAAUAGCAGGAAUUUAUCAAGGAAUACAUUAAAUUUUAUGUCAGCAUUUGCUUCCUUAUAAAUUUCUUUGUACAUCAUGUCUUAAAAAUUUCUUAAAAACAUUUAAGCAGAGUCAUUAAUUAUUCUAAGUGAUUUCCUCUAAGAAAUAUGUAUACUGUAAGGCACUAUCUUAUUUAAUCUAAGUGUAUCAUGAUCAGAGAGAGCAUUACUGGUAUGCAGCUAUUGUCUUGCUUUGAACAUCAUCAAAGAAGACAUUAUCCAUUAGAGGCCUACUGCCUUUAUUCACACAUGUUGGAAAUUUAAUGAAUGAGAUCAGUGUACGACCCAAAUAAGAUUUCCAGAUCAUUUUUCCUAUUAGAAUCCUUUGGAAACUCUACAUUGUAGUGUGGUUUUAUAACCACACUUUCACUUAUUCCAAUACAAUAGUUUACUGUACGGAAUGCCACAAAUAAAUAAUGAAAGGAAGAUGUUCAAUGUAGACUUAAAUGUUAGGUAUGCAUCUUUUAUGAUCCUUCUUUAGUAGCACUCUCAAGUUAAAAAUUUGUUUGUACAGAUGUAAAAUAAGCACUUAAAAUUUUUAUUUUAUGCACAAAGGACUAGAAUUAUCAAUAGAGGAAUAUUUAUUUGCUGUCUUAUGAAGAGUGUUGUGUCAUAUGUCACAACUGGCUUUAUUUCUCUCCCAGCUUCACAUAGGUAAUUUAAUAUAACCUGGCCUUGAUGGACAGGAAUAAAUUAAAAAUGAUCAGAAUGUGACUACACAGAGAGAAGCUUAGAAACUGAAUGCUUUGAUGAAUAGGAUGAAGUUACAAGAUUCAGUGAUUAUCUAUGAUCUCUUUUGGAUCAGAUGCUUCACUUAAUUAUUUUUUUUUUUCCGAAACUGUUCAAUUUCUUCUAUGUGCCAGGUGAAUCUAUGUGUAUCAGGUAAAUUUGUAUGUAGCAGGUAAUUUUCUUUGGACACAUGUAAAAUAAACUCUUAAAAUUUUUGAUUUUGCUCAUAAAAGAAUUGAGUUAUGGAUAACAAAAUAUUUAGAGGCUGUCUUAUAAAGAGUGUUGUAUUGAUCAGCAAUUAUGCAUUUGACUGUGUCGGCCAUAAUAAGUUAUGGAAAGUACUCAGAAAAAUGGGAGUACCAAAUCACCUCAUUUACUUCUACAGAAUUUACUCUCUGACCAAGAAGUCAUGUUAUGACCCAUAUAUGGAGCAACUAAAAGAGUCGUGAUCCAGAAAGUAGUGUGGCAAGGCUGCAUAUUGUCACCACAUUUAUUCUUUGUGUAUGCAUAGCACAAAAUGAGAAAUGUGAGGUUAAAUGAAGAAGAAACCAGAAUAAAAAGGUCCUCUUGCUGAAGAUGAAAGAAGGAAGUGCAAAGGCUGGUCUAUUGCUGAAGUCAAGAAAAUGAAAAUUGUGGCAAUUACACCUAUCACUUCAUGGCACGUACGAGGAGAGACAAUGGAGGUAGUUUCUGUGUUGAGUUAUCUCAGCUGCCAGAUUUCUGCUGAUGGUAACUGCAGCCACAAAAUUAAGAGGCACUUGUUGCUUUGCACAAAGGCAAAGUCCAGCCCUGACCAUUCUUUAAGGAGUAGAGACAUAACUGUAACAACAAAGAUCCAAAUAGUAAAAACUAUGAUCUUUCCAGUUAUGGUUUAUGGAUAAAGACCUGAACCAUAAGAAAGGCUGAACAGCAUAGAAUAGAAGCUAUUGACAUGUGAUGUUGGAGGAAACUCCUUAGAGUUUUGUGGACCUCAAAGACAACAAAUAGGUCAGUAAUAUAAAAAAUAAAAUCAGACCACUCCUUGGAAAGCUUGAUACUGAAAGAAAAACUGACUUACUUGCACACAUUAUGAGAAUAUAAGAUUCACUGAAAAAGAUGUUAAUGCUAAGGCAGAUCAAAGAUGCAAGAAAAAGAGGACACCAAAGGAUGAGAUGGAUUGAUGGCAUUGCAGAGAACUAAUGGAUUCCAACUUGAAAAGUCUGUGAGAGAACAUACAGGUCAGAAGAAACUGGCAUGUUUUAGUCCAUGGGGUCAUGGAGAGUUAGAAUCAACUAAACAAAUGGAGGGAGAGAUCAGGUAAAUUGAGAACCUGGCCCAAAUUGUCCUGUUUGUACUCUGCCAGAUUAUUGAUUGCCUUCUUGGAACCAUUGUCAUCUGAAGCAGUAGGAUAUGUUUGAAAUACAUGUUGGAGACAAUAGUUAAUACAAAAACUAUAGGAUGAACUAGUAGGAUGAUAUUUAACAAUCGCUAGGACUGCUACUAUGCACUUUAGCUAAGGUGCACACUUUAUUCAGUAUGUAUAUUAUCAGUUACUGUCAUAAGUACCAUAUGUUUUGUUUUGUUUUUUUUUGUUACAAACUGCAUGCAUGCAUGCAUUAUUGUUAUUCCAUUUUUCAUCUCUUGUAAAUAAGAUUUGUCUGUUCAAAAGACAAUACUCCACUACUUUACAGUGUUGUGUGCUGUUGAUGGUUGAAUUUGCAUUCUUUGCAAUGAGGAGUCUUCUUUGCCAUAGGAUAUAUUGCACAAUACAUUUUAUUGCUAUUUUCCAUCAUUGUUGUGUGUAUUGAUUUUAUUUCAUUUUCUGCAUUGCCCCUUUCUGUCUUGCUUUCUUCUGAAUUUUCCUACAAAUAUUUCCCACGCCCAUGUAUUAAGUUAAUUUAUAAUGUAUGAAAAACUAACUGCCAGAUCAAAUCUUUUGUGCUUUAUUCAUAGUUUCCUUUGUUUAAAUUACUUACAAAAAUAUGAAGAUAGUAGCCAAGUUAACAAUGACAGUUACAAUAAUUAUAAGAAUGAAAAUAAUCAUUUUUUGACAAUUUAAUGUGAUUGGAUUGAUAAAAAAUGUACUCACUAAGUGGUAGCAGGAGAACAAACAUAUAAAAAAAGGUUUAAGUACACAAAGUUUCAGAGCCAGCAGCUCUUUCUUCUGGCAGAAGGGUUGAAAGGGAAGGAUGAGGCAGCAGCUCUUUCUUCUGGUAGAAGUGUUGAAGAGGAAGAAAGAAGGGUGAAGGAAAUGGACUGUAGAGGUUUGAGAAAAGUGGUGGAGUUCAGCAAAGUUAGAUUUAUUGGGCAGUAAGUUUCCCCUAACCUGAAGUUCUGUGUGACGUUCCUGAACUCUAUCCCUUUUCCUUCACCCCUCUUCCUUGCCUUUCAACCCUUCUGCCAGGAGGAAAAGCCACUGGCUCUGAAAGCUUGCAUACGUAAAACCUUUUUUUAUGUGUGUGUUUUCUCCUGACAUUGCUUGGUGAAUAAAUUUUUUUUCUAUCCGAUUACAGUUACAAUAAUAAGGUGAAAUGGAUAUAUUUAUUGAAGAGAUUAUGGUAUAACUAUAAUGGUUAAUGAUAAUACCUUCUUGAGAUUUUGGCAUGUCUAAUAAUGAUAAUGUGGUAAUGCUCUUUUGUGGUUCAUAUAAUCCCAUCUGUCAGUAUAAAAUCUGAAGUAUAUGUACUUGGAUUGAUUAAUACAACACAAACAGAAACCAAAAUACUGAGUCAUUUGAAUGUAUUGAGGCCUGUGUAUGCAAAUGAUGAAUGGCCAUUCCCAAAUAGAGUUAUUUGUAAAUUUGGAAGUAUCAUAAAUAUUGGAUUCGAACAGAGAGCAAGCUAACUCAGGACACAUAGACUAGUGGCAGUUUAUGAUGUUUGUGACCAUCCUUUCUGAGAGGAUUCUUUCUGUCAGUAUUAUUAUUUUUAGUUUUUCAUGGCUUUUCUGGUCAUCCUCAUAUUUAAUUAUGCCAUUUUCCUACAUGUUGUGUAACGAAGUGUUUUAUAUCAGACUUUAAUUCUUUUUCUUAAUAUUCAUCAGAGAUUUUUAGUUUUCUCUUUAAAAAGCAAUAACUUUUACUAAUACAUCAUUUUUUUUAACUUUUAUAUUUGUUCUUUGUAUGACACCUAACAAAUUACAUGUUCAGUUCAGUAACUUUGUUAUAUGUCUUUACCAUCUGGUACAUUCUAAUAUCUUCCCCAAUAAAUUAUGUUUCUCUUGUAAAAAUUUUCUUGCACCAAACAGUAUUGUCCCUUUCUUCGGAAAGCAAGCUGUCAUACUCAACAAUCCUCGACAUUAAUGGUUUAAUGUUUUAUUUUUCUUAAUUUUUGUAUACUUGUGAAGAGUCAGAUUUCAGGUAUGAGAGAAUUUUACUUUUUUUCCUUCCAGUACUCAUGACAUUAUGCUUUGAUAAAUGCCUCUGUAUGCUUGAAGUGACAUAUUUCACAUUUAAGGUCAUUAUGAGCAGUGAGUUAGAAAAUGAUAUUUUGUUUUGUUGUCGGUGGAGAAUAACCAGCUAUUAAUUGUAAUUCUUUUGCAACACAAAGCUAGCUUUUUCUCAGAAAUGAUUUGAAGCCAGAAUAGAGAUGCUAGGGUUAAGUGUAACGAAGAUAUUAAAAAUUUUGUGUGGCCAUACUUGUUUAUUUUGGGUAUGUCUAUCAUAUUGCUUCAGUUUUUUUGGUACAUAUGAAAUCAAAUAGUUAAUUAAUAUAAAAGAAUUAUACGAGAAAGAUGCCUAAGAAGUUGCCAUACCUGGAAAAUGUUUUAUAUUUCAUUUAAAUGUGUAAUAAUUCACAAAGGUAAAGAAACAUUCAUAAAUUGAAACUGCAGAUUAUUUUCUUAUUUAUUUGCUAUGUAAAAUUUUGUUAAGGGUAGCAGUCAGGUGAGGAUCAUCACUAUGUCUUUAAAUACAUUUAAGAAAGAACUAUGUUUUGGAUAGUUGUGAAAAAUUGUUUUUUUCUGAUGAAAGUGUUUGCAGCAAAUUAUUAAAAUCCUUAAUGAUAAAAUUUUAUCCCUCUCAAAAUACGAAAAUAAAGGAUGAUUGCUAUGAAGUCUUAAUCAGACACAUUGACAUUAAACUUAAGGAAUUAAAGUCUGAGUAGUUAACAAGAAAGUAUUUGUAAACUGUUUCUUGCCUGUAUUCUGUCACAAAUAUACAUAUUUGAAGGUGGAAUGUUUUUGUGCUGUCAUGGUUUUGACAAAUAAUUGCACCACUCUUCCCUGCACAUUGUUGGUGUUUACUUUGUAUUUGUUAUGUCAAUUUAUGACAAUGUAAAAAGGCAUGCUUACGCUAUUUUCACUGAAAAAAAAAUUUUUACUUUUUUAUAUGUACUGUAAAGAAGUUUUAUGAUUCCUCCACUGUAUUAUUACUCAUAAGGACCUUUAUGAUUGAUCAUUCCUGGUUAUUCAAGACUGUAUACUGCAUUUAGACUCAAAUAUAUAUAUGAAGAUAUAUAUAUGAAACAUGGAUAUUUUCUGUAAUACUGCUUUGGACAUAGAUGAUUGUUCAACUUAAUAUAAACAAAACAUAAUAAUAAAUAUUAAUGGACUAAA